AUGUCGACCAGGGCGAGAACCCCAGUUGCGACACCUCUGAUCGCCAGCCCGUCUUCGGUGCGCACUUCCCACUCCUCUGGCGCAUUCCUCACCCCGACUCCCUCGCCCCUGGAUGCCGAUUUAAGCGCUUCAGACUACUUCAUGGCUGACGACGUGCAGGGGGCCGUCACCCCGAGUGUCGACGACCCCGUAACUCAUCGCGAACAUCCCGAACACUCCGAUCCCGAACAUGACGCGCACGAAAUCACACCUGCCGAGGAAGAAAAAGAAGAUAAUGAGGCCACCGCCACGAAAUUACAGGGCCUUGAAGACCAUAGCGUCCUGCCUCCCUUGACCGACCGCGACGACAGCAGUUUAUUCCCCAUGUCCGAGAAUGGCGAUCCCGAGCGCGGCAACAAUCAAACUCUCAUGGAAGAGCAUGAGAUGCGCCGGAAGCUUAUGGACAUGGAGUCGAGCUUCCUGCCCGAGCCCUCGACAAUUGACAUCGCCGCGACUGGUCCCAGAGCCGGCGCGGACGACACCUAUCUUGUUGGAGUGAGUGGUGACUACGAUGCGAACACAACACAGCAAACCGAGUCUUCUCGAUUCUCUUUUAUACCGCCCUCAGAGACCUCCUCCGAUCAGGAGCAUAAUCAAUAUGCCCUCACUGAAGGAACUGAAAACGUGGAUUGUGAUCUUAUGCUGGGCGCGCAUGAAAAUCAACGGCAAGCAGAUGAUGAUGAAACUUUCGACUCGCUCGCCUCGUCACCUACAGCAUCAGCCGCCGUCCGAUCUGCGUAUCGCAAUCAGUCUAUACUCUCUGAAAAUGUUUCCGAUAGCAGCCAAAUAUUCCAUGAUGAACGACCUUUCAGAUCUCAACUGUCCCAAUCAGAUAACGAGUCGCAACUUACCCCUUCAAAACUCCGUCAAAACUCUCGCGAUCUAUCCCCGGGCGCCUCAAGAAUAUUCAGUGACCAGAGUAGUGCUGGAGGUAGCCUCUCCCGUAGAGGGAGUAGACCCAAAUACCUCACUAGUCGCCAGUCUGCGAACCGUUUGUCAUACUCUUCUGUCGCAAGCAAUAAUACCGAAACUACAAACAGUGAUGCAACACUUGGCGCCGACUUCGCGCUCCAGUCUGGAGGAGCAGUAGCCUCUGAGCACUGGGGCAACCUCAAUGCAGGACCCCGCAGCCAUAUGACCCGGACGACUAGCCUCGGAAGCAUGGCAUCUGGCGUUUCAGGAUUUAGCGAAGAGAAUUCUGUUGAGAGACGACAUGCCGUAACAGGAGAUGGGGGCUUGCAGACACUAGAAGAAGAAAGCUCACCGCAGUCUCCGCGACAGCACUCGGGCUUUGAUGGAACCUCGGGACCGGAAACGCCAAAGGCCAGGCCGCAGGACAGCUCUCUGACGGAUACGGCAAUCGCAGAACGCGUCAAGGGCAUCCAAGUUCCGACCAACUUUGUACAGCGAUUCCGAGAAGACUUUGGAAACACGGUGCCCUCUCCAGAUAAGCGUGCGAGUGCUUCAACUCCGGCAUUUGGUCGAAGUGGUCGUACCAUGACUCUCAAGGAGCAGAGCAGUACCAUUGAUCGUCUUUCAAAGGAAAACUUUGAUCUGAAGAUGCGCAUUCACUUUCUCAAUGAAGCUUUGAACAAGCGUUCCGAGGAAGGCAUCAAGGAGAUGAUCUCCGAGAAUGUCGAACUUAAGUCGGACAAAUUGAAGCUGCAAAAGGAUAACCACGGGCUGAAGCGCAGGAUCCGUGAUUUGGAAAAGCAAAUGAAAGACCAGCAGUCUGACAAGGACUCCAUGGUGAAUCAUGAUCCUGAAGGGUCAGAAGAUGACCGGGACUCAGCACAAGAUGGAGAGCUAGUGUACUUGCGUGAGCGUGUUGAGACCUAUGAGGUCGAAAUUGAGCGAUUGAGGUCCGAAAGCAUUACCCGAGAAGCCGAGAAGCGACGACUGGCCGAGAUGGUUACUUCGCUGAGUGAGAACCGAGGAGGAUCAGAUUCAGGUGCACGCGAAGAGAGAGUGAGUAAAAGGUCCCAUUACAGCGUAAAUCAUACUAACAUCUCGCGCCAGAACAUGUGGAAGGAUAUGCUGGAUGCCGAGACAGCCGCUCGCGAACAAGCCGAAGAAGAGAACCGCAGACUGCGUGAUGAGACGCUUCGGGGUGCUAUGAUGAAUACAUCCACUAGCAACCCACUCAUGAUGGAGCUUGAACUCUUGAAACAAGAGAACGCAGAGUUGAGAAAGGAAGUCAGCGCACAGACUUCGAUGCUCACAUCUCGCAACCGCGAGAAGGAGCGUCUAUACCAGGAGAUAGAAGAAUUGAAGCUUGGUUCACGGCGCGAUGGCAGCCGAUCCGUGGCCGGAGACAGCAUCCUUGAUCGCUCAGCAUCCCGCGCUCAGAUGCGGCCGGGGUCUGAACACAGUGACGGCACUGGGUCGCAUGGUUAUAUGGAUCGCGAUGAACUGGAAGCUCGGAACGGACAGCUUCGUGAUCAAUUGUCGACGCUCAAGCUCGAGAACCAGGCAAUCCGCGCUCAACUUGACGACUACAUCAAUGAACUGGACGAACUUGAUAAGGCUUACCAGGCUGAUGUUGACCAAGCAGAAGAGGAGAUGACGAGGCUGGGCCAAGAGCGAGACCAGGCUAUUCUGGAGCGAGACCAAGCCAUGCAGAUCGCUGAUGAACGCGAGGCUGCGUUCCAGGAUCUCCGUGGCGAAGCGCAGGAGGAGCUGGAUGCUCUUGGAGAAGAGCUUGACCAGAAGAUUGUGGAAUGUCAGCGCCAGAACGAAGACCUGAGAGCUCAGGAUGAGAGUCUCAAGGUUUUGCAGGCAGAGAUGCGUUCCGCCAGCGAAGGCAUCAUUCGCCUGGAGGAAGAUGCACAAAACAACCUGGAGCGGUACAAGGCGGUCCAGCAGGAGCUUGAAGAAACGAACCGCGAGAUGGAGGAGUUGGAGAAGGGUCUGUUUGAAGCCAACUCCAAGGUGCAACGCUUAACCGUGCAGAUCGAAUCGAGCCAGAACGAGAUUGCCUUCCUUCGAGAAGAGCAAGAUGGCGACAAGAUCCGCAUCGGUGAUCUAGAGUCUGAGUUGAAGACGUACCAUAUGAGCUUGCACAGCGAAAAGGAGAAGACCAGAGAGCUGGAGCAACAGCUGGCAGAUGAGCGACACCAACGGGAGGUUGUGGGGAGCAAAGAGAAGCAAGAGGUCCAACGACUCAUGAACGAGUUAAACCGCGAGGCCUCGGCAGCCAAAGAAGAAGUCCGUAGGCUGAAGAAGAGCCUCUCCACUCAAGAGAUUGAGACCACUACCUGGCGCGAACGUCUCAUGGAUCUCGAGAACAACCUCCGAGAGACUCUGGGAGACCUCAGCGGCAGCCGAUCGAGUCUGAUUUCCAACAUCAUGAAACUUCAGAAAGAACUCGAGUCCACCGCACUUGAACUGGAAAGCUUGCGGCAGCAGUUCGACGAGAAAGACUCGCUGCUGCGGAACCGUGAUGCUCUUCUAGAGAGUCAUGGUUUGGAGUCCCGCAAGCUCUCCGAGUUACUGGAGCGCGAGAGACAAGCUCGCCGAGCCGACAAGCAAUCCUUUGAGCAGUCGCUCAAGUCCCACCACCAAGCAUCUCGCACGAUCACUCAAAACAACUCUCGCAUUACGGAACUUGAGAACGCUCGAAACCAAGACCGCAAGCGAUUUACAUCCCUCGAGCAACAGUUCCGGGAUCAGUUGAACGAACGCAAUACGAUGUUCCUCGCUAUUUGGAAAAGACUAUCCUCGAUCUGCGGGCCAGAUUGGGCCCAUUCGAACAGUCUGAUCAAUGGCAACCUUCCCAGUCAGGAGGUCAUUGGAAAUAUCUUGUUUUGGCCUGGCUUUAGCCGUAACCUCAUGCUUGCUGUCAAGACCGUCGAGAGUGUGAUCACCGGGUUCAAGGGCAAGAUCAAGAGCAUUGAACAUGACCUGACCAAGCAAUAUACAAAUCUCGAGCACUCCUUGAACCAGCGAGUCCGAAGACUCGAACGAGUCGAGGAAACUGUCAAGACCAUGCGAUCCGGACGAGGCCACUCGGGAUCCUCGUCAUCAUCAGAAGCGGCCAAGUUGCGCGGAGAGAAUCGACUCUUAAAGGCCGAGAUUAAUUUGCUCCAGUCCAAUAAUCGGACUCAUGGAUCGGCAUCCGCGGCGGCAGCGGCGGUCAUGUCUCCUCGGUCUCCAUCUCUCAGCGCAACAGAAAAUGCGGAACGAUCGUUGGCGCGGCACCACUCCACUUCUGGUAUGGGGGACAGGUCUCGUUCGGAUCGAACCCUUGCACGCAGCUCCACAGGCCUUCCGCAACCCUCUCACACCGUUUCAACUAGCACUCUGAACAAUCAUGCUGGAGCCAUGACGCAUCGCUCACGUAGUGGUACGGCGACCUGGGAAGGAACUGAUGACAAAUGGGUUCAUCGACUGCACGAGUUGGAGAAGCGACUCAAGGCUGAACGAGAGGGGCGUCUUCUCGACCGCAGCGGAGCCCGAAAGCGGCUGGAGGAGCGUGAUGCCGAGAACCAAAGACUUCGUGAUCAACUGCUCCGAGAACGCACCCGACUUGGUCCAUCCGGGAUCCAGCCUGGCCGUGUCCCGACCUCUGAUGAAGGACAGACAUCGAGUGAAGGCGAGGGCAUCACAGUGGACAUUGAAGUUUGA